AAAAAAUACGGGGGCAGAUUUGAACUUAGUACCCUAACAAAUCUUUUGGCCUGUCUUUACAAGAGUCCCUCCACAGUAAGUGGCAGAACAAAUCCAAGUAGUGAGAGAUGGAAAUCGAAAUGAAGGAGAAGACAGUGGUCGAAGUCGACGGCACCAACUCUGGAGGCGGCGAUGUAGAAGAUGGCGCCGGAAGCGGAGAUGAUUUGUUGCACGCUGUAGGAGAGGGAGGUGGAAGCAGCCGAGCACGCAGAGACAGAGUUAAAGUGCCUUGGUCCCCUGAAGAGGAUGCAAUUCUCAGUCGUUUAGUCAGCAGAACUGGCGCCAGGAAUUGGACCUUGAUCGCCCGAGGAAUUGCCGGGAGAUCUGGCAAGUCUUGCCGGCUCCGGUGGUGUAAUCAGCUUGACCCGGCUGUUAAGCACAAGCCAUUUACUGAUGAGGAGGAGCAUAUCAUAGCAACAGCCCAUGCAGUCCAUGGAAAUAAAUGGGCAGUAAUUGCUAGACUUCUACCAGGGAGAACAGAUAAUGCUAUUAAGAACCAUUGGAAUUCCUCUCUAAGACGGAGAAGCACAGAGCGGGGGAGGACAAGAUUGGCAUCUGGAAACGUGGAUCAAGAUGCUAACCUGGACAAACCAAAAGCAUCAUCUGAAGAAACUCUGUCUUGUGGUGAUGCUAAUUCAUUUAAAUCCAUUGAAGGGAAAAACGUAAGCUCCCUGGAUAAUUUGGAUGACCAGUGUGAAGAAAAGGCGCCAUUAGAGAUUCCAUCAAAUAAUGAAGCAAAAGAAUCAUCUACGCUUUUCCGUCCAAUGGCACGUGUUAGUGCAUUCAGUGUUCAUAACCCAGAAAUUGCUUCACCAUGUCCAAGGCCAGUUCCAAUGCAAGGACCUUCAAUUGAAGCUCCAAUACCAGAUAAUGGAAUAUGCAAAUUGCUUGAUAGAAUUUACAAUGAGCGGUUGGUUCCUCACCAGUGUGGCCAUGGCUGUUGUAAGGCACAAAAUGGUAAUAAUCUUGUGAAUUCUUUGUUGGGUCCAGAAUUUGUUGAUUUCCUAGAUCCCCCAUCUUUUCCAAAUUUUGAGUUGGCCGCCAUAGCAACAGAUAUAAGCAACUUUGCCUGGCUCAAAAGUGGAUUGGAGAAUAAAACAGUCCCGAAUGACAAAGCUGCCAGAAUAACACCUUGUGGAUCUCAGUUGCAAAUGGGUCAUCUUUAAGAAAGCAGAAUGAUGGCAAUUUCCAUUUACACAAGGGAACGAGCAAGUUAUGGGCGUCAUAACCAACGUGAUAUGAACAUAGAUUUGUAGCCCUUUUUGUUUUGCAGUGGUUAUCAUCAGGUUCUGGAUUGGGAUGUACAAUUGUAUCUUCAUGUAAGACCACAACAUAAUUGUAAGGAUAUGAAGUCAGCUAGAUAGUGCUGCACCUUCCCCAUAACUUCC